AAAAUGUGAGAGCGGGCCGCCCUCUGCUGCUCUGCUGGAAACCUCUUUUCUGGUUGGUCUGGCUGGAAAUGACCGGCUCCCGCGCUCCGCGGACAUAAAAGGGAGGGUUUCAGCUGUUGGUAAAACAUUUCUCUGAGUCGUGACUGUAGAGAGUAUCUGAAAAUGAGUGGUCGAGGAAAAACCGGAGGAAAAGCCAGAGCUAAGGCAAAGACCCGCUCCUCCCGUGCCGGGCUCCAGUUCCCAGUCGGCCGUGUUCACAGACUGCUCCGCAAAGGAAACUACGCUCAGCGUGUGGGAGCCGGCGCCCCCGUCUAUCUGGCGGCUGUGCUGGAGUAUCUGACCGCUGAGAUCCUGGAGCUGGCUGGAAACGCUGCCCGCGACAACAAGAAGACCCGUAUCAUCCCCCGUCACCUGCAGCUGGCUGUCCGCAACGACGAGGAGCUCAACAAGCUGCUGGGCGGAGUGACCAUCGCUCAGGGCGGAGUGCUGCCCAACAUCCAGGCCGUCCUGCUGCCCAAGAAGACCGAGAAGCCCGCCAAGAAGUAAAACUGGAGACUCGCUGACUGCUGGAAACCAGACCCAAAAAAGGCUCUUUUAAGAGCCACACACUUUCCUGAUAAAGAGGUGUUUC